AUGUUUAAUACCUUUAUAUCUUUAAUUAAAAUAUCAGAUUGUUGUAGUUUCUUUAUAUUAAAAAAAGAUAGAGAAUUUGAAGGAUAUCUUGUUGUUCCUCCUUUAUUUAAAAUAAGGUAUGAGAUUACCGGGGUUCAAAUUAAUAAUAAAAUUUAUAAAACCAAUUUAAUACCUGAAAGGGAUAAAUUUAAACUUAUAAAUGAAGGUAAAAUUAUCGAUAAAUCUAAGAUAGAAAAUAUAAACUUUGAUGUUUAUAAAGUUGUUAAUUUAUCUUAUUCACCUACCCAAGAAAUGGAUGUUGUUGACUUUACAUAUAAAAAAAAAUGCGGACCAGUUAAAACUUAUGAUCCACUUAUAGUUGAUUGUAGUAAAAAUGAUUUAAACGAUUUGGAAACAAUAUUUAUUUAUUUAAAAAAUAAUGAGGUAAGGUUGAGAGAUGCGGAAGAAAGGCUAAAAAAAAUUACAGAUAUAAUAAAAAGAAUAGUAAGAUCUAGUGAUGAAGGUAAUACAAUGAUAAAAGUUAAUGAUUUACGAUCGGACAUAAAUCAAAUAACAAAACAGAUAGCAAUUACUUCUAAUAAAUUAAAAAAAUUUGUAGAAGAAAAUUAUCAGUUACGGGAUAUUAUUGGGACAGAAGAGGAAAUAGAAAAACAUAGAUUUGAUAUAAAAGACGUUUUUGAAGACAUAAAUCUAAUAACUUUAGAUGUAAGAGAAUGUGAAUUAGGACUGAAAACUAUUAAAUAUUAUGUUUUUAAAGAUGAUUAUAAAGAUAAACAUGCGAAAAAAGAAGAGCGUUAUAUUUUUGGAGUAAAUGUAAAAGUGCUUAUUUUUAUUUUAAUUGUAAUUUCAAUAUUAACAAUAAGAUUUACUAUGAAUCAGAAGAACUAA